UCAUAGAAUGAGACAUUGAUCAUUAUAGAAUGUCUCUGAUGCAUUCUGCUCUGUCCCCUCUGACUCUUCCCUUCCCACUCUCAAUCUACAAUAGACACCCAAAUCAGAAUCAGGUUUAUCAUCAUUCACAUAUGUCAUGAAAUUUGCAUUUUUUGUUGCAGUAGUAGAGUCCAAUAAAUGAAAUUAUUACAGUACUCUGCAAAAUGUCUUAGGUACUGUAGCUAUAUAUAUGUGCCUAAGACUUUUGUACAGUACUGUAGAUUGUGGAAAUAUUUUGGUGGGUUGAAGGGAGUCAAGUUUGAAUCCACUAUUUAAGAAAGCAAGGUAAAUAAAAGCAAAGAACUACUGUUAGCCUAAUGUCAGUAAUAAGAAAAUGCUGGCAUAUAUAAGUUUUAUGUUUUUCAUAUUUUAAACCUAUUUCUAUUUGAAACUUUCUCUCAUCCCAUAGUGCAAGAGAAUAAUCAGAUUCUUCAAUAUAUUCAUGUAACUAAUCCCUAUCUCUCUGGAAUUGUUCUAGUAACUCCCUUGUGACCUUCUCUAAUGCUUUCAUAUUAAUGCUCAAGUGUAGUGAUCUGAAUGACAUAUUGCAGAUUUGACAAAACAAAUGUCUUGUAAUGUUUUAUCCAUAUUUGUUUUUCUUCUGGUUGUCUAUACUUUUUCAGAUGGGUGAAUGUAAAAUAUAGACUGUCAAUGAUAAAGGAACUUGUGUCCAGAAAACUUGUGGAGUUUAAAUUGUGUGAGAUAACUGAACUGAACAUUUUUUGACUUUGAGCUUCAGAAGUCACCAUACAAGUGUAUAGCAAACUGGAUGUUUUAACACAUGCUACAAUGAGCUGUUCAUAGAGUCAACUGAUCAUUCUCUAAUCUGUGAAACGUUACUGAUUGCAACACAGAAAAAAAGAAAUAGAUUAGGUUAUACAGAGUACUGAAAACAAAGAGUAGCUGCACUGUUAGAAGGUCCCAUUGACAUUCCAAGUUAGUGAGUAUAAUAAAACCCCAUUAAUGUGGAAGGCUUGGAACUUUGGUGCUGCUAAAUAACAAGUUAUUCAGAAUCUUGGAUGUUAUUCCAAUUAAUACUCCAAGACACUUUCAAUUCUUUUUGUAGAAAUGUUACAAAGAAUAGUAGAACGAUAAAUUUUCCAGUGAACCUGAUAAGUUUCAACAAAGCAUGGGAACCAGGGCCCCAGUGAGUUUAAAGGGAACUGAGACCUGAUAAGACAGAUAUUGAACUUUAAGGGUUUUUUUUAACAACAAUCAAACAGCAGCUUGUAGGAAUUUUGCUUUACUGACAUAAGAUUCACCAUCCUUAUUUAUUUAUAUGAAUAUACAAAACAAUGAUUGCUUGACAUAUGUAUCCCACAAUAUUGUAAUGAAUGUCAUCAGAUGCAGACAAGACUGAUAAAACAGAACAAUUAUUAAAAGUGGUGAGAGAGAUUAAACUAGUUUUGCCAUUCAUGGGAAUUUACAUAUCUACAGGCAUACAUGAACCUUUUGAAUUUAAUAAAUAUGGGAGUUCAGAUGUACAGGUUUACAUAAAUCAGGUGUUCAUAAUCCAGGAUCAGCCUGUAGAGACCACAGAUGUAGAAAUAGUACUAUGUUCUCUUCAGUUACAUUUAUGCAUAAAACAGAUGUCAUAUGGUAAUUUUUUUUAAUAUGUGUAUAACAUUCUGAAGUAUAUGGACCAGAAAGUAAAAGGCAGAAUUGUAAGAGCAUGCAAGUUUCCAUGGAUCUUGGGUGAAGUCUUUGUUAGAGCAAAAUUGAAGAAUUUUAGAAGCCAUUAUAUUGCAGAUAACAAGAGAGUAAGGAAAAGUGAAAAUGACAGAAGAGAAAACAAGCACAGGAAAAUUUUUUACCAGUUAUGGCAGUCAGUGGAUGAAUACUAGACGACUGAAGACUAAAAUCAUCUGGUCAAGGUAUGAGGGGGACUUGAGUUUCAUCAGUUCUACAUUUCACAAGGCCAAAAAUGAAGCAAAUCAUUGUUGGAAUUGGAGGCAUUCGGCUGAUGUGGAGGUUGGAGAAGAUGGCUUUCAGCAGUAUGAUGUCAUCACAGCUCUGGAUAUGGAAGCAAUGAUGAAUACAAUAUAUGCCUGGAUGAAUAAAAUGGCUGCCAUAAAUGAAGAACAAGCAGUGCCGGAAUACAGCGGGCUUGGCGUUCUAAUAAUAGAAGGGUUCCUUAUUUAUAAUUAUAAGCCACUGAAUGAUGUUUUUAAUCAACGCUAUUAUCUCUCCAUUCCAUAUGAAGAGUGCAAGAGACGAAGAUGUUUAAGAACCUACGAACCCCCUGACCCACCUGGAAAUUUUGAUGGACACGUGUGGCCAAUGUACCUCAAAAACAGAAAGGAAAUGGAAGAGAAAGUGCCCAACAUAAUUUAUUUGGAUGGAACAAAAUCCUUAGAGGACCUGUUUACUCAAGUGUAUGAUGAUCUUUUAAAGGAAAUUCAAAAGCUCCAAGCCCUGAUUUUGCGUCGAACUACCUCAAAAACCACCAAAGAGAAAAGAUCCACCUGAAAAGUCGACUAUACUCUUUUCAUAGAUUCUACCAUUUUUGUGUGUGUUGCUUGGAUUCCCAGCAUCUGCAGAUUUUCUCUUUUUUGGUACUUAAAACUGUUCACUCUAAGCACAGUGUACUGUGUAAUGGCCACACAAGUGCACAUGCCUCGCUAGUGAGAACUUCUUCGGCAAUGUUCUUCUGCCCCAAUGGUGUCAUGAAGAGAAUCCUUAAAAUUUUCUUGAUUAGUUUUCGUUCUUUAACUGUUGCCCCAAUUAAGAGUCUGCCCCAAAUAACCAAGGGCCCAAUUAACUGGAAGCCAUUGUAUAUUUAUUGGGAUUACUAUAUACAUCUUGAAAAAUGUGCUUUUGAGAUUACUUAUUUAACAGCAGAAGGUACAGGGGAAAAUUUAAGAAAGAAAUCAGGAGGAUAAAAUAAGGGCCAUGAAAUAUCCUUGCCAGGUAAUAUUAAGGGAAGUCCCAAGAUGUAAUGGUACUGUUAUCGGUUUAUUCUUGUCACAUGUACCAAGGUACCCUGAAAAGCUUUGCUUGCAUACUGUUCAUACAGAUCAGAUCAUUAGACAGUGCAGUGAAGCAGAACAAGGUAAUAACAAUGCAGAGUAAAGUGUAAAAGCUACAGCAAAAGUAUAGUGAAGAUAUACAAAAUAAAGUGCAAGAUUAUAAUGAAGUAGAUUGUGAGGUCAAGAGCCCAUUUUAUCAUACAAGAGAUCAGUUCAAGUGUCUGAUAACAAUGGGAUUGAAGCUGUCCUUGAGCCUGGUGGUAUGUGCUUUCAGACUUUGGUAUCUUCUGCCGACUGGCAGAGGGAAGCAAGAAGGGAACCAGAGAAAGAGUGGGCAAGGUCCUAAAUUAAUACUUCUCAUCUGUAUUCAUUGAGAAGGACAUGAAAGGUAUUGAAUUCAGGAAGAGGAUUGUUGAGGGUCUGGCACAUCUAAGUACAAGGAAGUGCAGUAUCUGAAAUACAUCUUAUGGAAAUGUUUGAUGACAGACUUCAAUAAAAAAUAAAUUACAAAAAAAAAAGGAAAAGUAUUAGAUGCCAUGGAGCACAUAAUAGUUGAUCAGCCUUGGGUUGGAUGAGAUCUAUCCUUGGAUGCUAUGGGAAGCAAGGAAGGAGGUGGCUAGAGUCCUGAUUGAUAUCUCUGCACCAAUGUUAAACACAGGAAAGUACCAGAAGACUGGAAGAAAGCUAAUGUUUGUCCUUUAUUUGGUCAGGUAACCACAGGCUGAUGAAGUGGUAGGGAAAUUAUUGGAGAAAGUUUUAAGGGAUCAGACUUAAGUACAUUUGGAAACAAUGUUAGAUAUACUCAGCAUUGCUUUAUGUCAGGAAAAUCCUGUCUCACUAACUUGAGAGCAAACAUGAGGAAAUCUGCAGAUGCUGGAAAUUCAGACAACACACACAAAAUGCUGGUGGGACACAA